GUGGAUAGCCCCGCCCACGGUCCUGCCCGUCUGGGAGGAAUAAUACUACUCAUGUCACUGUGCAGAUGAAGGGAUCACUGUCCUGGGACAAAGAUUGGAAUAAACAGUCUGCAGAGAGUCAGGACAACAUUUUUUUUUUUUUCAUAUACAAAGACACCUACAGCUGCUCACUUAGAUAAAACCUUUAUCUUGUGCUUGGAGGUUCUUCCUUUGUCAGAAGGAUAUCAUGAUAUGUUUUGAUUUUUAACUCGUUUUAUUGCUCAAACCUGAAACCUGUGAUGUUAAUUGUUUGUGUUUAUUUGUGCCUUAGUGACCCCACAAAUAUGGCUUUCAUUGAUCCUAUGAAGCAGAAGUACAUGGGGACAGAACUGAAUGCCAAAAUGUGAUUUCCUGAGUCAGACAAAUGACUUCACAGGGGCUUCUGGGCUUCUUCUUGCAGAACUUUUGAAAUAGGAUUUAACUAACCUGCAGCAUUGGAUUGUCACCAUGCCUUACCAUGAUGAGGAGUACCCGGGUCAGCCUCUGUGGCAGUCCGUGCUGCUCUUCUGCUGUAAGGGGAUGAUUGAGGGCAUCAUGGUCAUCCUCUUCUUCUGGCUGCUGGUGCAGGUCCUCUUCACCAAACAACUCGAAGUCCACCUCCAGAUCCUUCUUUUAGUUGGAUUGAUUGUUUUCUGUCUGUGUUUGGUCCUGGGAUGUAUUCUGUGCUGGAGGAAAGGUCAGAUCUGUGGUGGUAAAGACAAAAAUACUGUGACGUCAGCACCGGCUCCUGCUGAACCUUUGACCUUUGCGCAGAGCCCACCUCUCUCGUCUGUGACAACAGCCCCCAGGCAGCAGUACAAGGAGCUGGAUGGAGAUCUGCCUGAGUAUCCCUCCACUUUUACCAGCCCUGCUUUUUCACAGGUUGAGAUUCCCUCUCUGACACCCUCUAACAGAGCCGUCUCUGAAUAUAAGGAGCAGCCAAAGUGUUACAUUUCUCUGCGCCGCCUCAGCACACCACCGCUGACAGCUCCUCUUAACAAACCCAUACAUCACACCGAUGCUUCUCUUCCUACUUUUCCUAAACUGGGACUGUUGGCUAAAACCUGUAAGGCUCUACAGAGACGCUGCACAGUGAGUGGGAGUAUAUCUUGUGAUGAACACAGCAGGCUCUUCACCCCGGAGGCUCUGUCCCCUUCCAUGCCUGAAGGGCCGAUUCCACUGGCUCCACUGAACUAUGGCUCUAAUGCCAGUUACCAAGAACCGAAACCUUGCCUCCAUUUCACUAUGGCCUUCUCUCUGGAGCAACAAACCCUGGCAGUCUCCGUCGCCAGCCUGACUGGGACUUCCCACAAACUGGAGGACCUGUCUGUGCUGGGCAGCCUGCCGCCUCUGUACCCCUGCCCCAUACAGGCCUCCAUCCAGAGCAGCCUGAGCCCUGAGAGCAACAGCCUGCUGAUGCUUUUAAAGGUAAGCUCAGAGAAAGAGCUCCAGAGGUGUGUGUUGAGAAUAGCUGUAUACACACGGGAACCUCCCAGCCUGAGAGGCACCACACUGGGUGAAGUGGAGGUCGACUGUGGGGGAAGAGCCUGGAGAAAUGAGCAGCUUUUUCACUUCACCAAAGAUCUUAACCCCAACAAGUGGAACCUGAAAAAGAGUCUGAUCCCCCAGGAUGCUCUGGUUUGUAAGGGACUUAGCUGUCCUCCACAGAUCUUCAUUUUGCUUCAGUAUCAGGCAUUGACCCAUCGAAUCAAAGCCACGGUCCUCAGAGCAGACAACCUGGACGAUCUCUUUCAUUCCUCGGCAGCAACAGAGUACCUGGUUCAGAUUAACCUGCACCAUGACGGAGUUGUGAUCAGCAGCAGGGAAACUAAAGCAGCCUCCUUCACUGUGUGGAACGCUUCUUUCCACUUUGACCUCCCUCCAGGAGACAUCCGUCGGCUGCCGCUUAUGUUGGAGUUCAUGAUCAUGCAGAAUCAGGUCCUCUCAGAAGAGAAUGUCAUCGGUCGAGUUCUGAUUGGUCCCCAGUCUGCAGAUGCAGGACGAGCUCACUGGAGGGACAUGUGCACCCUGCAGGUGGAGCAGGCUCGCUGGCACACUGUGCAACCAGAGCUGCUAUAGAGCUCUGACACAUGAGUGCUGAAAGAACUUUGAAGUGGUUAGAUGUCCUGAGUACUGUCUGAACUCAGUGGACAUCCAAAAGAACAAAUAGAAGUGACUUUCUUCCUGAGAUACACUGGUGCUUUGCUUCAUGCAUUGAACGAUACAUUUACUGACACUGCAGGCUUAAUGUCAGGCUGUUAGGCUUAAACACUGAGCAACUACAUCUUUACAAUGGCCUUAUUUUAAUACACCCAACAUGGGAUUUUUGCCAUGGGUAAGUACUGUAUCAAUUUGUCAUCGGUGAUUUCAUUCAAAUAUUCAAUCUCUCUCCAAGUAACAAAAAACACACAACAAACACAUAUGGAAAUGAAAUACAGCCAUUUGGUAUUUAUCUCAAAAUACUCCAGAGUUACUCGAUUAAUCACUUCCUGUGAUUCCUGUAAAACACUGUCAUUGAUUGCAUGUGUG